AAUCUGAUACGAACGACUCCCCCCCUCCCGCCCCCGCCACGGCGGCAACCGCACAGGUUCGGUGAUAGCCAAGACACCGGGCAUUUCCCACAGCCGACCGGGGCCCAGGUUGGAGCUGUCGCCAGCGGGGCCGCCAGGGUUUCUUGGAACCUCUGCAGAGUCUGGAGGCCAGGCUCCUCAGUGGAAACUGCAGGAUAUUCCUUCUGACCCCUGCUCGCCUCGCCCCAGCAGCUCUGGUUGAGUCCACAGAUGCCAGCUUGGCUUCCAGCUUGGGAAAGAGUUGGGUUGUCAGCAGGAGAGCCUGAAGGCUGAGGCUCAGCGUGAACAUGGCAGCUAAUGGGGACUCUUCCCCAUGGUCCCUGGCCCUGGCUACAGAGGGACGUGGCAGCUCAUGUGAGAUUUCAGUGUCAUUUGAGGAUGUGACUGUGGACUUCAGCAAGGAGGAGUGGCAGCACUUGGACCCUGCUCAGAGACGCCUGUACUGGGAUGUGACACUAGAGAACUACAGCCACCUGCUCUCAGUGGGGUACCAAGUUCCCAAGUUAGAGGCCACCUUCAAGUUGGAGCAAGGAGAGGGGCCAUGGACACUGGAGGGGGAAGCCCCACAUCAGAGCUGUUCAGGUGAGGCUACUGGGAAAAUGCAACAACAGGGUAUUCCUGGAGAAAUUUUCUUCCACUGUGAGAGAUUUGGUCUCCUUGAGAGAUUUGAUCAACCCAUAGGAGAAGCUUCAUUGUGUUCCAUUUUAGAAGAACUGUGGCAAGAUAAUGACCAGCUAGAGCAAUGUCAGGAAAACCAGAAUAACCUUUUAAGUCAUGUGAAAGUAUUGAUUAAGGAGAGGGGCUAUGAAGGUAGAAACACUGAAAAACUCAUUCAUGUGACUAGCAAACUUGUUCCUUCAAUUAAAAGACUCUGUAACUGUGACACAAUUGGAAAGAGUUUGAAGCAUACUUUAAACUCACAUAAUCGUAAUCGAAACAAUGCAACAAAGAACCUUGGCAAGAUCUUUGGAAACGGUAACAAUUUCGCCCAUAGCCCUUCCUCCACCAAGAAUGAGAACACUAAGACAGGAGCAAAUGCCUGUGAACAUAAUCACUAUGAAAAACAUCUCAGCCACAAACAAGCUCUCACCCACCAUCAGAAAAUUCCUCCUGGGGAGAAGCCGUAUGUGUGCACUGAAUGUGUAAAGGGCUUCACUCAGAAGUCACAUCUAUUUGAGCAUCAAAGAAUUCAUGCUGGAGAAAAGGCCCAUGAACGUGACAAAAGCAACAGAGUUUUUCCCCAGAAAGCCCGGACUGACAUACAUCCGAGUGUUUAUACAGGAGAAAAACCCAAUCUGUGUACUCAAUGUGGGAAAGUCUUUACCCUCAAAUCAAACCUCAUGACACAUCAAAAAAUUCAUACUGGGCAGAAACCCUACAAAUGCAGUGAAUGUGGAAAAGCCUUUUUCCAGAGAUCAGACCUCUUGAGACAUCUGAGAAUUCAUACAGGAGAAAAACCUUAUGAAUGCAGUGAAUGUGGAAAAGGCUUCUCCCAGAACUCAGACCUCAGUAUACAUCAGAAAACUCAUACUGGAGAGAAACACUAUGAAUGCAAUGAAUGUGGGAAGGCCUUCACAAGAAAAUCAGCACUCAGGGUGCAUCAGAGAAUCCACACAGGAGAGAAACCUUAUGUGUGCACUGACUGUGGGAAGGCCUUCAUCCAGAAAUCACAUUUCAACACACAUCAGAGAAUUCAUACUGGAGAAAAGCCGUAUGAGUGCAGUGACUGCGGGAAAUCCUUCACUAAGAAGUCACAACUCCAUGUACAUCAACGAAUUCACACUGGAGAGAAACCCUAUAUAUGUACAGAAUGUGGAAAGGUCUUUACUCACAGGACAAAUCUCACCACACAUCAGAAAACUCAUACUGGAGAGAAACCCUAUAUGUGUGCUGAAUGUGGGAAGGCUUUUACGGACCAGUCAAAUCUCAUUAAACACCAAAAAACUCACACUGGAGAGAAACCGUAUAAGUGCAAUGGCUGUGGAAAAGCCUUCAUAUGGAAGUCACGCCUCAAAAUACAUCAGAAAUCUCAUAUUGGAGAGAGACACUAUGAAUGCAAGGACUGUGGGAAAGCCUUUAUCCAGAAAUCAACACUAAGUGUGCAUCAAAGAAUCCAUACAGGAGAGAAACCCUACGUUUGUCCUGAAUGCGGGAAGGCCUUUAUCCAGAAAUCACACUUCAUUGCACAUCAUAGAAUCCACACUGGAGAGAAGCCUUAUGAAUGCAGCGACUGUGGGAAAUGCUUCACUAAGAAGUCACAGCUCCGUGUGCAUCAGAAAAUCCACACAGGUGAGAAGCCCAAUAUAUGCGCUGAAUGUGGAAAGGCCUUCACUGACCGGUCAAAUCUGAUAACACACCAGAAAAUCCACACGAGGGAGAAACCCUAUAAAUGUGGUGACUGUGGAAAAACCUUCACGUGGAAGUCACGCCUCAAUAUACAUCAGAAGUCUCAUACUGGAGAAAGACACUAUGAAUGUAGUAAAUGUGGGAAAGCUUUUAUCCAGAAAGCCACGCUAAGUAUGCAUCAGAUCAUUCAUACAGGAAAGAAACCUUAUGCUUGUACAGAAUGUCAGAAGGCCUUUACUGACAGAUCAAAUCUCAUUAAACACCAGAAAACACAUAGUGGAGAAAAACGCUAUAAAGCCAGUGACUGAGAAAGUGUUCACCUGGAAAUCACAACUUGGCGUGCAUCAGGUAUCUAAUAGCAGGGAGGAAGAAGGCCUGAUGCUGCAAUUGUUGUGCAGGGGAAAUAGAUAUGAGAGACUGAGGCUUGAGUGAGCUGAAGGCAAACAGAGCCAAGUAUCCUUCCGUCCACUGGAAAGACAAGUUCCUGCAUCACCACAGUGUAUAUGCGGUUCUGUGCAGAGGAAGAGCAUUUGAGGAAUAGUCAUGUCUGGUUACAUUAUUCAUACAGGGACUCUUGAGCUCCUAUAAACAGCAGAAUUAAGACCUGAGGAGAUGACUUGUCAUCUCUUGUGUUUCACUUUUUGGAUAAAGAACGUUUUAAAUUCAGUACUGUUUAGUUCAGCAUAUUCUGGGACAUAAAAGUACUCACUACUGGGAAAAAAACUUUUUCAAAUGUCUAGUCUGGAGAGAAGAGUUUUCAUUGUCCAAACACUAGCAGGGCACUGACAUCAAGGCAGAAAACCUCCUUGGGAAUGCGGAUAAUCUGCUUUGUCAUCAUUGGCACUUAAGACACAGAAAAGAAGAUUCCCAUGAAGAACUGUUUUUUCUCUUCCCUUUGGGAAGUC